AUGGCCUCGCUUUCUGCGGCAUCGGUUUGGCCAGGCUUCCUGCCUGACUGGACUAAUCUCAAUGUACUGCACCGCAACACUGAACCUCCACGGGCCCACUUCUACUCGUAUCCUAACGAGGACACAGCCCUUACAUUCAACCGCGAGCAGAGUUUCUUUCACAGCCUCAAUGGUACCUGGAAGUUUCAUUACGAUGCAUCGCCCUUCGAGGCCCCUGUAUGGGACACAGCCAACGUCACUGAUUGGGAUGAUAUUGAGGUCCCUGGCCAGUGGCAAACGCAGGGUUAUGGACGCCCGCAAUAUGUCAAUAUUGACUAUCCCUUCCCUGUAACGCCGCCCAAUGUCUCGUACGUGAAUCCUACUGGCUCUUACUGGCGCGAGUUUGAGGUCCCUGCCGGCUGGGAUGGCCAGCAGAUUCGUCUCCGGUACGAGGGUGUGGAUAGCGCAUUUCAUGUUUGGGUCAACGGCGAGGAGGUCGGAUACAGCCAAGGCAGCCGCAACCCCAGCGAAUUUGAUAUUACGGAUUAUCUAUCAUCAAACAAGACCAAUACGCUUGCUACGCGGGUUUACCAGUGGUCUGACGGCUCCUACAUCGAGGACCAGGACCAAUGGUGGCUUUCCGGCAUCUUUAGAGAUGUAUACCUGAUCCCGUUCAGCCGCUCAUCGAUCACGGAUUUCUUUAUCAGGCCCGAGGUUGACGAUGAUUUUACUGGCGGUACACUGAAGGCAAAUUUCACUGUUCAGGGUGGGCAUGGGAAGCUGAACAUCAAGGUUUUGGCCCCUAGUGGAGAUGUGCUUGACCAAUGGUCCGGGUCUUCAUCUAGUGGCUACUCAAAGAAGAUUGAGGGCGAGGACUUCCACCUUUGGUCCGCAGAGACACCGAGCCUGUAUACUGUUUUGAUCGAGUUCAACGGCCGCACGAUAAGCCAAAAAGUUGGAUUCCGCCGGGUCGAAAUAAGCGGCUCCAACUUUCUUGUGAAUGGCCAACCCAUCAUUAUCUACGGCGUGAAUCGCCAUGAGCACAGUUCCCUGUCAGGUCGAACAGUUCGAUACGAGGACAUGCGCGCAGACUUGAUCCGAAUGAAACGAUCUAAUAUCAAUACGAUUCGCACCGCCCACCAGCCUCAUCACCCGUCGUUUUUUGACGUUGCCGAUGAAUUGGGUUUCUACGUGAUAUCUGAAGCGGAUCUCGAGUGUCAUGGCUUUGGCAGCAUUGAAGAGACCGAGGAACAAGCUGCGUCGUGGACCUCCGAUAACCCCGAUUGGGAAGACGCGUAUCUUGACAGAGCGAAGCAGCUUAUCGAGCGUUACAAGAAUCAUGCCUCAAUAAUCAUCUGGUCUCUCGGAAAUGAGUGCUUCUACGGCCGGAACCAGGCUGCCAUGUACAAGUGGAUCAAGAACAGGGACCCGUCACGAAUCAUCCACUACGAACAGGAUCGAAAAGCUGAAUCCGCAGAUAUGUACAGCCAAAUGUAUUUCUCACCUGACGAAAUGCUGGAACACAUGGCAAACUACACAGACAAACCCGUAAUUUUGUGCGAGUUUGCGCACGCCAUGGGCAAUGGACCCGGUGGAUUAAAGGAAUACAUCACGCUGUUCCGGACACAUCCACUUUCUCAAGGAGGGCUCGUCUGGGAAUGGAGCAACCACGGCUUGUUGAAGAAGGAAGGUGAUCUCGAAUACUAUGCGUACGGUGGUGAUUUCGGAGACGAACCCAACGACGCAGACUUCGUCAUGGAUGGUCUGACACUCUCAGACCAUACACCGAUGCCCAGUUUGCUGCAGUACGCAAAGAUCAUCCAGCCAGUUUCAGUAAAUCUGACCGAAGACUCGACAAAGAUGAUCGUGACGAACCACUACGACUUUGUUGAUCUCAGUGGCCUGGAUGCCUCGUGGCAUGUCGUCCAGGAUGGCAAGACUACAGACUCUCAGAAGCUCGAGUUACCCCGUGUUCCAGCCGGAGAAAACCGAACGGUGGAAUUACCGCUGGACCCUGGAACACUCUCGCAGGAAGCCUGGCUAACUGUCGAGUUCAAGCUAAAGGAGGACAAGGUGUGGGCAGACAAGGGCCACGUUAUUGCCUGGGACCAGCUGCACCUCACGGGCUCUUCCUCGGCCACCAAGCGCUUUACAACACCCGUUAUUGCUCGCCAAUCCGGACUUGAAGUAGAGCAGGAUAGAGCCAAGCUCAAGGUCACAGCUGGGCAAUCAACAUUUGGGUUCGAUCUCCUCCAAGGGAACGUCACCUGGGAAGCCAACGGCGUGAACCUCUUCCAGCGCGGGCCAGAACUCUCCUUCUACCGCGCAAUGACCCAAAAUGAUGAAGGCCAAUCCGGUAACGAGGCGGAGUGGGAGGAGACUUGGGUCGGGACAAUGACAACACAAGUCCGCGACGUGACCUGGACAAACUCCAACAACGAAGUCACCGUGCACUUCAAGGUCCGCGUCGCACCCAAGGUUUUAGAGUGGGGUGUCGAAGCAGACCUCGUCUACACCAUCAGCACUAAAUCUGACGAACCCUCUCUGCACGUUCACGCUUCCGGAGAGUUCGUCGGCAAGAACACACCCGACGUCGUGCCCCGAAUCGGCCUGAUGACCGUCCUCCCCUCCGAUUUCAACUCAGUGGCCUGGUUCGGGCGUGGGCCUGGCGAAAACUACAAGGACUCAAAGGAGGCAUGUCGCUUCGGCGAAUACUCCGCCACCGUCGAAGAGCUAUUCACGCACUAUGACUACCCGCAGGAAAACGGUAACCGCGAGGACCUGCGGUGGCUGCAGGUUUCCAACAAGGACGGCGGAGUGACUCUUGAUGCGCGUCGUGCGGAAGAAAAAGGCGAUGCCUCUUUCAGCUUCACGGCCUCUAGGUAUAUGCCGAUCGAUUUGAACAAUGCAAAGCACCCCUAUGACUUGAAGCCGCUGGACUUGACGGUGCUUUGGUUGGACUAUGAUAACCACGGUCUGGGAUCAGCGAGCGUGGGGCCCCAACCGUUUGAGCAGUAUCGGUGCAAGACCGAGCCGUUUGACUUUGCUUUCGAGCUUAGUCUUCGAUCUUAA